AUGUUCCGCAGCUGUUGCGAGAGGUGUCGCCGGAAGGAAGAUCUGGACGAGAAGGAAGUGAUCGUGAAGAAGACGGUCCCGGAGGAGAACUCGGCGUACACGCCGUUGGACAGCGAUGCAGUCAAGGCGGAGCGGCGGCCGGAGACUGAGCUGCCGGGGCUCACGAAGGAGGCGCUGAAGCGGAUCACGCUCGAUGUCUGGAAACGCGGCCAGCACGGCGUCACCAUGUCGGUCUUUGCCAACGCGGACCUAACCACAGCCUUCAGCGCGGUCUUCAAAAUCACGUCCGGUCUCAACGUCAUUGUCACUCGGUUGGUGGACAGUGACACACCGGGGCACCUGACGGUGGUGGAGUUUCCGCUGAGUGCCGUGGCGGCGUUGUACGAGGGGCCGUGUUUGCGGACGCCGUCGGCGGCGGCUGUGGGGUUGGAGGAUGGGGCUGGAGACAAGCCGGCAGCGAACGAGUUGGACUGGAGUGCUCAGGAGGAGUUGCUGGCGCGGAGCCUGCAGUUGGUCCUAUCACCGCCGAAGGGCGGGGUUCACUCAGUGUGCCUGAUCUGUACCGGGGUCAAGGAGCGUCGCGAGUUGUUCGGCGCUCUCUCCGUCUUGAAGUACAUCGCUAUCAAACGCACGCGGAACGAGGCUCCCGGGAGGCCCACCAAAGAGAAGCUGUUGUCGGGGAAGACGACGGGUGCCGAGGACAUUUGA